AUGCUGAUGCCGAUGCUGAUCCCUGGCAGCGGCCAUCGGAUUACGUUUGUGAAUGGCUUUCAAGCGGAUUUUCAUGUGGAUGGCCUGGUUGAAGUGACACCAAAGCGGCUCGUUCAAUACAUACGCAACUAUACUGAUUGGGAUUUGGUGGGCGCACGCUAUGCUGGACAUCAGCCGCUCUCCAUAUUCGAUGCCAUGCGAUAUCCAAUUGAGGCAUGCAACAGUUUGCUCAGCGACCCUGCCACACAUCGUCUGCUAAGGCGAGGCGUAAGGACAACAACGACAACGACAAGGACAGCGACAGCGACAGCGUCAGGAACAGCGGAAGAAGGCGAAACGGAUGACGGCGAGGGAGAAGAAGGCAGCCACUAUCAAUUGGCGAUUGUAGAUGGCGCAUUUCCGGAGUGCGCCCUGGGCAUUGUCCAUAGUUUAAAUGUAACGGCAUUCAUGUACAUCAAUACGGUGGCCUUCUACACCGGAAGUCUCUCGUUGGCCGGCAAUCCGGUUGCGUAUGCUGUCACGCCUCAUGUCUUUGCCUCCUGGACGUUGCCCAUGCACAUCGUGCAGCGUGUGGCAAAUUGUUUAACUCAUGUUUUUGCCGACUUGCUGCACUGGCUGUGCAUGCAACGUGUGCAUCACAUGCUGCGCCAUCAUCUCGGCGAUGCGGUGCCACAUCCCUACGUGUUGGCCAGCGAGGUUGCCUUCAUUUUGCAAAACGGUCACUUCAGUGUGACACCGCCCAGCGCCCAGCUGCCGAAUGUGGCCAGUGUGGCAUGCCUCCACUGCCGUCCGCCGGCUGCCAAUCUAAGCCAGCUGGAUAUGGAGUUGUCGCAGUUUAUGGACGCAGCGCCAGCUGGCGUCAUUUACCUAUCGAUGGGCUCGUCGGUGCGCUCGUCACGAUUGCCGGCAGCGUUGUGCCAACUGUUUGUCGCGGUCUUUGCGCGCCUGCCGCAUCAUCACGUCCUCUGGACGUGGGCGGCGGGCAACAGCACAACGGAGUCGAUGCCUCGGAAUGUCCGCGUACGCGACUGGCUGCCACAGCAGGAUAUCCUUGGCCAUCGUCGACUGCAACUAUUCAUUACACACGGCGGACUGCUGAGCCAACACGAGGCCGUCUACCACGGUGUGCCGCUGUUGAUGCUGCCCGUGUUCUGCGAUCACGAUGCGAAUGCCGCCCAAGCGGUGCACGAUGGCUACGCAAGGCGGCUGGAGUUGGCACAGCUUACCGAGGAGUCCCUUUAUCGGGCCAUUCACGAUGUCCUGCAUAAUGAUAGCUAUCUGCGUGCCGUUAGACGUCGACGAGCUCUUCUACACGACCAAUUGGCUUCGCCGCUGCGUCAGGCUGUCUACUGGACCGAGUAUGUCAUCAGGCACAAAGGUGCCAGGCAUUUACAGUCGCCGGCGAGACACAUGAGUUUCGUUAGCUACUAUUCGCUGGAUGUUUUCGGACUGCUGUCGGGCAUUAUUUUGCUGGCGUUGCAGCUGCUGCGUGUUUUCGUCAAAUACUUGGCUGCAAUAUGGCGAGCGAAAACAAAAAAGACAGUUUAAAAUUUAAUGGCACGAAUGCAGCGAACGUAGGGGAAGGACAGGGCAGCAUAAUUUGAUUUCGAUGUACUUGUCUACGAUGACAGCAGCCGGCGGCGUUUGAAGUCAUUGUCCGGCCCAGACAUUGUCCCAUGGCCGCGGGGGCAGACAAAGCUGAGAUGGCAGUGAAGUUUGUGCUCUGCUGUGCUGUGCUGUUGUAGUUGUAGACGCAGUUGCAGUUUGGAGCUGUCAUCAUUGCAGUUGUCAUGUGCUCUUUUUAUGAC